AUGUACGAGGUUAUCUGCUACGCCACGUCUCCUGUCGGCUCGAUAUGGCGCAAGCAGAUCUUCUCGAGUGUCGAGCACUUCUUGAACAUCUGCGUGCUGUCGAACGGCGACGGCGCGCAGACCAUCAACAUCGAUGGCAUCCACACCCUCGUUAUUUUAUCAAUGGCUACACGAAAGGCGCGCGCAACGAUACCUUUGCGCUGCAAUUGGUUGUCUACUUGGCCGAUCUGUUCCUGGACAUACCCGAGUGCAACACAAACACGCACGGAUAUGACACCUUAUGGGGCGGAACUCCAAAUGGUGGUGAUGCCGAACGAUUGCAUGACCACGCGCGUGGCUUCUGUUACGCGCCACCAACAGGAGUGA